UAUUAUCUUCGGUCUCAUGCCGAGCGACAAACUUAACAUCAACUUGCGUGAUGACAAUGGCAACACACCUCUUCAUAUCCUGGCCAAUUCAAAGAGUUGGAAGUGCAUCAAACCAUUUGUCGAGCAUGGAGCAGACGUGAACAUGCCUGACAGCGAUGGGUGGACUGUACUUCAUAAACUAGCCAUCGGUAGCAGUCGUGGUGAUCUGUCUCCUUUUGUAGACACAUUAGUGGAAUGCGGUGCGAUAUAAACAUGGCUGGACCGGAAAAUAAGACAGCUGUGAUGUUAGCACUAGAGAAAAGGAACUGGUCUGUUUUUUGGCAACUCAUACAGUUAGGAGCCUGUUACGACUGGGCUGAAGCUGAUCAAUUUUUACUUCUGAAAAAACUGUACCUUUUUCCCAAAAGAAAUGUUCAAUGUGAAAAACUGUGCGGAAUCAUUAAUUUCCUUGCACACCCAGGUUUAAAUUUAUCUCCUGGUGUCCCAAGUGUACUUCAAUCGCAGCAGUCUUCUGAGAAUGGCUUCACAUCUUCUGAGUCGACAGAAGCCAAAGGACAGUGUGGAUCGGAUAAUCUCGAAAGACUACAGAGUUCUUUUGAAAAGUGUGUGAGGUGUUCUAAUUGGACAGUGGCAAAUGUGAUUCUUGAAUCUGGACCCGACAUUGACAUUAAGAGGCCGAUAAGUGGAAGACCACUGAUCCACGUCCUGGUUUCUUUGUACGAGGAGGACGAUCACGAGGCCUGGCUGUCUUUCCUGACUGUUCUACUUCGCCGUGGACUUGACAUCAGCAGUCGAGAUGAUGGCGGUAGAACAGUGUUGAUGAAACACACAGUUUUGUCGAGCUUUAGAGAGUUGAACACGAACCCAAAAGCACUUUGCAGAGUCUUGCUGGAGAAAGGAGUCAACCCAUCGAUGGUGGACGACUCUGGAAAUUCCCUUCUCACAAAGAUCAUGAAGUUGUUCAAGACAAGUAUUUUUACCAUAGCCAAGUCGCUUUUCGAGGUUGGGCUGUUAUCCUGCAAAACACAGUUUGAAGGUGGUGGGUCUCAUACACUCUUUAUUUCGAAGCUGAUUGAAGCGGUGCUUGAUGUGAAACCGGCUGUUGUCAAGAUUCUUUUUGAAUGUGGCGCCAUAUCCAACCGUGAUAUGUUCUUACUAAGCGAAGAAUAUAGCGUGGUCAUGUCACAAGAAUUAGACGAAGAUUUGGAUGAUUCAGAAAUGGAUGACUUGUACCAGAUUCUCCAGCAAGCAGCUACUCAGGUUCAAUCUCUGCAAUCUUUGUGUCGUAUCGCAGUGUCGUGUUCCCUACCACUGGGUGUGAAUAGACGAGACACGGUUCGGGACUUUCCACCUCAUUUGAAGGAAUAUCUGCUUUUCUUUAACGAGUUUUCAGAUCUUGAUCGUUGCUCAGAAAUCGAAGAGAAACAAGGGGUGUCACAACAUCAUAAGAUGGAGGAUUCAGUUCAAGAUCAGCAAGAACUUCAGCAGGAAGACACCAUGCCACUCGAGAGCACGCCCUGCUGA